GUCCUGCGGGGGCGGUGCUGAUUCUCCACUGCGGCUCCUGUGUGUGCGUGUGUGUGUGUGCGUUUGUGGAAAUGGCGAAGUUUAGAGAUUUAAAAGUCUUUCUCGAGUCUUCUCUGAAUGAAAUCUUCCGCGUGACCGUCAGUGAUAUCCUGGACUCGGUGGAGCAGACCGUCGGAGAGUUCCAGCGCAAAAUCCAGAGGAUCGAGACCGAGAAUGAGGAGCUGAAGAAGAGGCUGAGGGCGGCAGAGGAGAGCCCGGAACAUGGCAGACACGCUGCUGAGGAUGGCGUCUGCAGAGCUGUGUUUCCCCUGAGCUGUGGUGCGGAGUGUGUGCGCAGCUGUAAGAACACACAGGCGGCAGACGUGCCGCAGGACUGCGCAGGAGUGUGUUCAUCAGUGUGUGUGUGUGUGAAGACCGAACCGGAGGACGAGGCAGAAUACACACCGCAGGAGAUUAAGAGUGAGGAUGUGGAGGAGCGCUGCGACCCUGAGACCGCACACACACACACUGCAGACGCCGUGACACACACACACUUACCUGAGAACACACACACACACACUGCAGACGCCGUGACACACACACACACUACACAUGCAUUCAUACUUAUACACUCACCUGAGGCCGCAUACACACACACUGCAAAUGCCGUGACACACACUCACUUACCUAAGAACACACACACAAACUCACCUGAGAACACACACACUGCAGACAACGUGACACACACACACUCACCUGAGAACACACACAUACACACUGCAGAUGCCGUGACACACACACACUCUGAGUCCAGCACAGCGUCCGGCUCCCAGAACACACACGUGUGUGGUGUGUGUGGGACGGGCUUUGAGCGGGCAGACCUGCUGCUGCUGCACCUGCACACACACACCAGCGCACGUCCGUUCAUCUGCGGCGUCUGCGGGAAGGGCUACGGCCACCGGGGGCAGCUGCGCACACACCGGCGGCUGCACACGGGCGAGCGUCCGUACGGCUGCAGCGUCUGCGGGAAACGCUUCAACGAGCAGAGCCAGCUGAAGGUGCACCAGCGCACACACACCGGGGAGCGGCCGUACACCUGCAGCACCUGCGGGAAGAGCUUCACCAACGGCGGGAACCUGCGCAGCCACCAGCGCACACACACCGGCGAGCGGCCGUACGGCUGCAGCAGCUGCGGGAAACGCUUCAGCGGCGCGGGAGACCUGCGCACGCACCAGCGCACACACACCGGCGAGCGGCCGUACCACUGCCAGCUCUGCAACAAGAGAUUCAGCCAGGCCGGACACCUGACCAUCCACCGCCGCAUGCACACCGGCGAGCGGCCGUACGGCUGCAGCAGCUGCGGGAAGCGCUUCACCGUGGCCAGCAGCCUGAAGCUGCACCUGCUGACACACACGGGCGAGCGGCGGCACACCUGCAGCCACUGCAGCAAGAGCUUCAGCCGCGCCGGACACCUCAAGAGGCACGAGCUGGUGCACAGCCGACAGGAGCCGCACCGCUGCACACACUGCGACCGCAUCUACAGCGACCCGUCCUCCCUGAGGAAACACCAGAGGACACACAGCGCAGCGGACGGGGGUCAGGGGUCAGCCGGGGGUCAGGGGUCAGCUCAGUGACGGACACCUUCAGUCCCGCACUCCUCAUCCCUUAAGGCCACUCUUUAUUCUGAUGGUCCGUUUGUUGAAUUUAAGUGACAUUGCAUCCACUUGCCAACUAGUCCUCAUUAGAUCAUCCGUACACUGCUGGGGGGGUUAGUUGACAUGGACAUGUGAGUUUCGGAUAGGCAAGUAAAUGUUUAGCUGCAGGUAAAUGUUUGGCAGACAAUCUACUAAUGUUCAAAUGGACCAUCAAAAUAAAGUGUUACCUCCCCUCAUCAUGUGUAAUUAAUGAAGCCGCUGUGUGGUUUAUCAUCUGCAUAUGCCAGAGUAACUGGCGGUUCAUUCCGCUGUGGCGGCCCCUGAUAAAUCAGGGUUUAAGCUGAAGGAAAAUGAAUGAAUGCUGUGACGGUCACUCACUGACCUCUAGUGGACGCUCCUGAGUCUGCAGCUGCUCCACUGCUGUCGCUCCUUCAUCAGCAGGGCUGUGGUGAGGCUGUGCGCACAGAUGUGUGUGUGUGUGUGUGUGUGUGUGUGUUUCUGCUAAUCAAUAAAUGUUUUAACCACAGCAGAAC